AUGAGCACCGUGGCAGCCAUGGCGUCGUCGUCGCUCAACCCGAACGCGCAGCUCUUCAUCCCGGCGGCGUACAGGCAGGUGGAGGACUUCUCGCCCGAGUGGUGGGAGCUCGUCAAGACCACCGCCUGGUUCCGCGACCACUGGUUCCGCCAGCACCAGCUGCACGAGGCCGCCUACGACGCCGCUGCCGACGCCUUUGCCGCCGACGCGGACGACUUCGAUGUCGCCGCGCUCCUUCCCGAUGAUUCCGUCGACCUCCUCGACAUGGUCGACACCGACGACCUCUUCUACGCGCCCGACGUCCACCAGGUCGCCAAGCCGCCGCCGGCGCUGCUGCCCGGCUACGACCUCGACGUGCUCAGGGCGCUGAGUCUCAGCUCCCCCAGGGCCGUCGCCACCGCACCGUCGCCGUGCGCCCAGCAGCAGCACCUGAGGCUCGCGGACAAGCCGGCGUACCACGCCGGCGCCAGGGGCGCCGCGCGCCGCGCCAUCCACCAGCCCCGCUAG